AUGGAUGACAAGGAAAACCCACGCCUGCUCAAAAUAAGACACGGCGACGAAAAAGCUUGCGUGAACCUCACUGAGUGGCUGGACCGUGUCAAGCGAUCACCGAAAUUCGUCUUCAGCCAGCUUUAUGAGCAGCAGGAAUCAUACGUGGAUGUGAUCCGCUCCCUGCAGUCUAAGUUGUCAGAGUACAAGUCACGUAUCAGUUAUUUGGAACACAAUCCGAACAAGACCCAUAUCUCUCAGCUGGAGAACAAGUUGGCUAAGAGGGAAGAGCGACUACAGAUGUUCAGGAUGCGCAACACGGAAAUGAAUAACAGACUUGCAAGUCAGAAUCAGGAGCAGGAAGCAUACAAGGAUCAGAUUACGGCGCUCAAGGCCAAGCUAUCUGUGCUGGAAGAGCGGACACGAGAGUACAGUACACGCAUCGCAAGACUGAACGCCGAGCUCGCAGCUCAUGAGCAGGAACACAAGUUGGACCAACAGCUGAUCAUGGAAUGGGAGUCACGCGCCGAGAAGUACGAGAGCAUAAUAGCCGAGCUGGAAGUCCAGAAGGAGACAGUUCGAAAGCAGAGUACACGCAUCGUCGAAUUGCUCAACGCAUUGGCAACUGCAACGCAACAGCAGGAUAAGCAAGUUGCAGACUUGAAUGACCAACUAAAAAUCGAGAGACAGCAGCAUAAUGCAUACACGGGUCGAUUCGUGGCACUGAGUGCCCAACUAGAAGGAGAGAAAAUGGAGCAUGAGACAUCCAGAGGCCAAAUUGCAGAAUUGAGUGAUAGAUUGGACGCACAGACUCAACAGCAAGAAGCAUACAAGGAUCGAAUAGCGGAGCUGGAGAAUAAACUAACAGCGCAGACCACACUCCACGACGGAAACACAUCAGAAGGCACAUAUUUUUCGUUCACGGAGACAACGCAAACCAAAGCUCUGCCUGACCCACCGCUGCUCAACGAUAAAGAUUACCCUUCUGUAGCGAAUUGGAAAUACCUCAUGGAAAUGAAGUUCCGCGAAAAUGCUGACCACUUCGAUUCACCAGCCGCUCGCCUAGCAUACCUCAUCAGCCGCACGACCAGUGAAGUUCAAGACCAGCUGGUAGACCGGCUACGGAGUAAGGUCCUGGAGCCGAUAACUGACGUUCGUGAUGCCCUCGAGUUCCUGGAAAUGGUCUAUCACCGGCCGGAGCUGGGCACCACGGAUGUUGAAGAUUUCCGCAUGCCCGACGAGAACCUGGGCAGCUUCUGGGAAUAUUUCAAGGCAUUCAUCUGGAACGCAGUCAGAAAUGAACUUCCCGAAACAGAAUGGCCCCGAAAGCUUCACGAAUUCCUGCGACUGAGAGUGAUAAACAACGUUGACUUUUUCUUUACUUAUCCGGAAAGCUCACCCAAGGAUCUUGCCAAGGAAGUCUACCUGCGCCUACUGCGGCAAGGCCAGCACGAUGAGAUUGUUCUUGGUGAUGGCUUAGAACAGCACUUCGACACUGGUAUACAAGACUCUUCAACCCAGGACGCCGACAUCAGUAUUGAUGACUCUCUCAGGGGAAACUACUCAGAAGACGAGGGGGGUUGUUUAGACCGACCAAGACCGGAUUCAGUCGUUGAAUCGGCAUGCUCGAUCGUCGACAUUGUUCAGGCUCGAGGCGUCAAAUGGUCUUGA